GCAGCAGUUCCUCCGCCCUGCUCAGGCGCUGUCCCCGGGCCGGGUCCCGGCGCGCCGCUGACCCGCGGGCAGCCCGGGGCCGCCUCCCGCCUCACUUCCGGCCCGCCCGCGCCUGCGCGCUGCCGCUCCCUCUCCGUGUCGGCGCCGGCGGAAGAUGGCCAAGCGCACCAAGAAGGUCGGGAUCGUGGGCAAAUAUGGGACCCGUUACGGUGCAUCCCUUAGGAAAAUGGUGAAGAAGAUUGAAAUCAGCCAGCAUGCCAAGUAUACCUGUUCCUUCUGUGGCAAGACCAAAAUGAAGAGGAAGGCUGUGGGUAUCUGGCACUGCGGAUCCUGCAUGAAGACAGUUGCUGGUGGUGCCUGGACUUACAAUACCACCUCUGCAGUGACAGUCAAAUCUGCCAUCAGAAGACUGAAGGAACUGAAAGACCAGUAGAAGCUACUUCUUGUUCUCCUUGUGAAACAUCCUUUUUUCUCCACUGUCAAGAUCUGUCCUUUUAUCAAUAAAAGGGUGAUAUGGAGUGGAA